AUGGGAAUCGACAACCUUUGGGAAAUAUUGCCUCUGGAUGACAGAGUCUCGUUUCCUGUCUUCCUAAGCCGAUUUAUUCAAAAGAAUGGCAGACCUCCUCGUCUCGCCAUAGAUGCAUAUAUGUUUAUGUUCUGGUCGCUGGUUUCAAAUGUGGAAGAGCAUGAUCCCGUGAAAGAAAGCUAUGAUAUCCGCAAUUUCAUGGCAAAACUUUGGUAUCUAGCACAGACCAAUGUAUCCUUCGUGGUAGUUUUCGACGGAGCCCAUAAGCCACGGAAAUUACGACACGGAAAUAUUCCUCAAACACCUGGCUCUGAAUCAUACGACGAACAAUUGGAAAGCUUCUUGAAACUACAUAGGUCAAAGUUUUCGGAACGUCUGCGAUUGGUUGAGACUUUGAAGGAUAUUCUUUCAAGAAAUCGCAUCAACUGGGAACAAGCACCCGCCGAGGCCGAAGCUCAAUGUGCGUGGAAUCAGAGACUUGGUGUGGUCGACUACGUCAUUUCUGACGACUCAGAUACUUUGGUUUUUGGAGCGACAGGCGUGUUACGCUGGUUCACAAGAGUUAAGUACUAUACUGACAAUAAAGAGCCUGUCAAUAGUCCAACCGACUAUUAUGUGACACCAGUUCACAUGAGCCAUGUCACAAAACAAACUAACCUCGAGCGAAAUCAUUUGGUGUUCAUAGCGGUUUUGAGAGGUGGUGAUUACUCUCGUGGUGCCGAAAGCAUCGGGAUAACUCGGGCAAAGGAACUCGCAUUAUGCGGCACCACAAUGCUCCAAAAAAAGGCUAGGGCAACCGCCCAAGAUUUUGGAUCGUUCGUGGACUUGACAAAAUUAUUUGUUGACACGUUCGUUUUGCCAGAAAAAGGUAGUAAAAUUCUGCUUGACCCUUACUUUGGAAGAAAGGAAGUGGGUGACAGACAUUUGAGUUUGAUUGCUUUCAAUUCGUUCUUGAACCAAUUCUUGAAAGAAAAAGCCAGUCAAGUCUUUGGAAGAGUUACAAAAUUCGAGGGAACUAUACAGAUCGAUGACUACUUUGCAAUGCUUUAUUUUUUUCCAUUGGUAAAUACCAGGGUUUUCAAGUUCACCCCUCACUCAACUUCUUUUGCCGAAGCAAGCAUCGUCGCUGAGGAUUUGUCGGGAGUCAAAAUUGACUCUGAGGUCAUGAGGUACAACAAUGUAGUGUCGUCGACAGUAAUCGGAAAGCUGACGAUCAAGAAUGGUGUUGAAUUCUUUGAACAAUACUUAGAAUUACACUUUGAAAAGACAGCACUACCGAGGGAACGGAAAUAUAACUUGAAGGCUUUUGUACUCAAGUUAUUACGCAAUAAGAUAUUUUGGAACUACAUUCAAUUUGCAAGGAUCAAAGAUUUUGAGGGGGUCUCGAUGGCCGUGUUGAAAUUUAACAGAGUGAAGCUCAAUGAAUUCGUGUACUACACGCGCAAAGAUCUCACACUUGAACUCGAGGUUGAAAGUGAAAGGGCUGAUGAUUCUGUCCCAAAUGAAGGAGCCACUGAGGCCAAUACAGCAGAGCCAGAAGAGGAUGAUGACAAGUCGAUAAAUUUAACAGUUCCACUAGAGAGUGUCAAAUUCGUUUCACCGGAAUUUGUAAAGAAAUUCAACUACCAAGCACAGCGGAAGUCUCCGGCGAAAAAGAAGAAGCAAUUCCAACAAAAAACAACGCUAGACAGUCUC